GACUCAAAUACAAUACAUUAUUUUGUACAAAACAUUAUAGACUUGUAUUUCUUAAUGCUACUUUUCCUUGUAUGGUAUUGGUUUAUUUUACCUGGAACGGAAAUUGAGUUGGAUGUUUCAAAUCGGAUGAUUUAACGAAGCCCACACAACACUUUUAUGAAGGGACCACAUGAUCGGGAUUCACAUCAGGAUUAUUGAUGUGAUCAGGCGACAAAAAGCUAGUCCCGCCCCAUCAUGAUAUUGGUCGAGCCCGGCCUCUUCAUCGGAUCAGCAGCCGACCUGAGCGACGCCCAGGCUUUGGCCGAGGCAGCGGUCAGUCACGUGCUGUCGGUGGACUCCGAGGACCCUCCCCUCCCCCAGGGGGCGGGGCUCCGACACAAGAGGAUCAGCGUCCUGGACCAGCCGACCUCUGACCUCCUGAGUCAUAUGGAUGACAGCUUCCUGUUCCUACAGGAAGCUGUGGAGGGGGGCGGGGCUGCUCUUGUGCACUGCCAUGCGGGGCGGAGCCGUAGUGCUGCCAUGGUAACGGCCUACCUGAUGAGGAGCCACAGGCUGAGCUUCUCUGAGGCCUACGACCGCCUGCAGCGCAGAAACCCCGACGUCCAGGUGAACACUGGGUUCCAGCAGCAGCUCCAGCUCUACGAGGCUUUGGGCUGCCGAGUCGACCGGAGCCGAGCCGAGUUCAGAGAGUUCAGACUCAGGCUGCUGGUUGAGCAGCAGGCAGACCUCUCCCAGGUCCCAAGCGAGGUCUUUGCGGUGGAUCCCGCUGACUCCGCCUCCUCCGAGGUCUCCUAUCGGUGCAGAAAGUGCAGGAGGACUCUGUUCCGUGGUUCCAGUCUCCUGAGCCACGAGGUUGGGGACGGAGCUUCAUCCUUUCAGCACAAGAAAUCCAGCGAUCCUACUGGUAACGCAGCAUGCACCUCCUACUUCAUUGAACCUGUCCAGUGGAUGGAGAGCGCUCUGAUUGGCCAGCUGGACGGGCCGCUACAGUGCCCGCGGUGCAGCAGUAAGCUGGGGGCGUUCUGCUGGGCAGGGGGCCGGUGCUCCUGUGGCCGAUGGGUCACGCCCUCCUUCCAACUCCACCACAACCGACUGGACUGCAUACGACCAAUCAGUAUCCAGAAAAUACACACCCUGACUGACUCACAGACCCCGACUGACUCGCACGCUGACACACACCCUGGCUAAUCACCCACACACAUCUAUAUACAUAUAUCUAGAUCUAUGUGUAGAGGAGUUUCCUGCUGCAGUAAUCUCCUCUGCCGUUUCCUCAUGAAUAAAACACUUAAAAGGG